AUCAUGUUACUGCUGGAAUGGAUAAUUUAAUAGCUUUCUCGAAGUCCUGCUUCUGAUUCAUAUUGAUUAUUGAUUUUAUAGGAACAUUGGUUCAGUGCGGUUUCCAAAUAUAUAAUGUUAUUAACAUUAUAUUCAUACUUGUUAGUUGUUACUAUUACUGUGAUAGUAUUUCUGUUGGUCUUAAAAUUGUUUAAUCCCAAGGUGUUUGGGUAACUUACAUUUUCCAAAAAUUGUGGGCUGGGAAUCCCUGCAGCCAAAGAUCUGAAUAUCGGAGUUACUUGAACAGGGGAACCAAACUCCACUCUUGAUGAGGCAGAAACAGCGCUAUCAGUAUUUAUUUGUUCUUCCGAAUUCGGCAGCAUAUCUACUAUGAAAAUAUGGUUGAAGUAACUAGAACACCUCUUUCAGCCUAUGAUGCCACCUUAUGCAACACUUUAUUCACCUGGAGGGUUUAUACUCAUCCUGCUAUUCCUAUUGGGCCACAUCCACACGGACAAGGAGUUCCAUCUUCACCUUCUACUGGGACACCUCUAAGUAUGGAAACGCCACCAAAAUCUGCAAAUUCUGAUCAGGGUUUGAUGAAGAAACUGAAAGGGUUUGGGGGGCUUGCAAUGUCAAUUGGGAAUGGCCAUACUGAUAGUACAAAGCUUAGAACUGAAAACAAGCUGUCACAGAGGUUUGUUAGUCUAUUUUCUUUCUAUAUAAAUUUCUGCAGAUUCUUUUUUUUUUUUUUUGAAUUCUUACGUUGUGGGGUCAUGGAGGGAAAAUCAGAUACUCUUUAGUGGGAUUAAACUCAA